CGCAGCGCCGCAGCCAUCAUUAAAAAUCCUGCUGCAAGAGCAAGGCCCAAGGCCAGAUUAAAAAAAUUCUCUAGUGGGACUAAUAAUAAAAAUAUUUUUGCCUGGCGCCUGUCCUCUUCAGUAAGCCGUGUUUUUAAGUCAGAUGGCGGAGCUCGUGAUGGAGAAGGACGACGAAACUCGAUAUGUUGAGCUCACGAAGGUGAGGCUGGGAGCCCUGAAAAUGAAGCACAGCCUGGAGGAACUCGCUGUCCGCUGCGUUGCCGAAAAGAUCCACCUGUUCUCUGAACAAAACCAACUUGAAAUACUGCCCAUUCAAGUGCGAGAAAAGAUCUUGCAAAGGGUGCUGCAGUUCGGCUGCUCGGGUUCCAUCGACGGCAGCCCAGAAAAGUUUCAAAAGCUUUUGAAAGCACUGCCUCAGCUGCUGAGUCCUCGCACCAGAAAAGUGGAUUUGGAUGGCUUCUUCAGUUUUAGCCCUGAAAAUUCGGCAUUGAUCCAAGUUUUCGGCUGGAUCGCUCGUCUGGCUCCGAACGUGGAGGAAUUGUCGCUGUCCAGCGUUGGAGCCAGCAUCCAUGGCGUGCAGUCCCUUCUUCAUUCUCUCAGCAAAAUGAAAAAGCUGAGAAAAAUGCUUCUCAAGGUCUUCAAUUUCCGCUUUUCCGACCUGAGCAUGCUGUGCGGCGAUUUGCCCAGUCUGCAAGUGGCCAGCGUCGGCGCCCUUUGGCAUCUGGAGGAUGAUAUGGGAGAUGGCAGCGAGCACCUGAGAAAUCUGCAGAAUCUCAGGGUGCUCGAGGACAACCAGUGGUGCCUGCACCACCUUGCUUUGCUCGCCACUGCGGCUCCCCAUCUUGAUUACAUCGCCACUUGGUACUGGGAUUUUUUGCCUCUUCCUUCUGAUGAGAAGGAAACACCGGCAUUCCUGAAGAGAAGGUUUCUUACCCUGGAAGCGAGGGGAAUUCUGGAAGAAGGGCUCGAGCUGGCUCUCAAGUAUCCAAACAUCACCCAUCUCGUGAUUGACCGAGCUUACUUCGAUGUGCAUUCAUUUGAACCAGUGCUGCAUUUCAAAAAGGUUGAGGCCUUGACCUUCGAUGGCGUGAGGUGUUGGACCAUCGUCGAACGCCUCUUGGCCGCCUUUGGCCGCCAACUUCGCUCUUUGUCCAUCCUGAGCGUUAAUCCGCGCAUCGGUCUGACUUUUGAGAGGAUUUCCCUGCUCUGCCCUCAACUGGAAAAGCUGCUCCUGAGGAAUGUCAUCGUGCUGGACAACACCAAGGACGUUUUUCCGGAGCUAACCGAGUUGACUUGGGUCAAUAGGGAAGUGAUCCUGUCAGCAGCCGGCAUUUUGUGUGCCCCGAAACUGAGGAAGGUUGAGAUGAAGGGUGUCUUCAGCCUGUCCGACCUUGAAAACAUCACCAAGCUGAUCAAAAAGGGCGACGCUCUCAGGGAGCUGCGGAGCUUGAGCCUCGAUCUCGAGCACACUUACAACCCUGAGUUCAACAUGAAGCACUUCAACGCGGCCGCCCGCAUGGUCAAGACCGCGUCCGCCCUUCUGCCCAAACUGGUCAACUUUCACUUCGCCCUUGAGAUAGAAUUCGUCAUGUACAAGUUCGAUGGGGAAGAAAGUGUGCCAAUUGUAGAGAACUUUGACUCUGACACUUGCGACAGGCUGCUGGAGGAGUACAACAAGCACAACGGAGUAUAUCCAUGCGAUUGAACAGACUUUUUCGUUGAGUUUAUUUGCUUAAUUGAUUUUUGAAAUUAAUGUGACAUAAUAUUCUUUUAAAAAUAAUCGGUAGAAUUAAUAAACAGUCUGAAACUACCAGUGACAUUAAAAAAACCUUAAAUUUUCUUUCGACGUUCGUAUUUGACCAAAAUUUAUUACUCUUAAAUCACUAUAAACUAUUCUUAUUUAACCUAUUUUGCUCCAGGAUAAAUUGAGUUCAGCCAGUAGAAA